AUGGUGCUUUUUGGGAAACUUAGUACUGAGCUUGGGGUCAAAGCUCCCGCUGAAAAAUUUUUCAAUUACUUUGUAACACAACUUCACGAAAUGCAAAAUCAUUGUGAAAAAGUUCAUCAUACCAAGCUGCGUGAAGGUGAUGAGUGGCACAACUCUGAUAUAGUUAUACACUGGACUUAUGUCAUAGAUGGUGAGGUACACACAUGCUAUGAGAGUUUUGAAGGAGUUGAUAAACAGAACAAAAAGAUUACUUGGAAGCUGUUUGGUGGAGAUAUUGAUAAGCACUAUAAGACCUUUAAGCUCAUCCUUCAAGUAAUUGAUAAGGCUGAUGGCACUGCUGUUGCUAAAUGGACUGUGGAGUAUGAGAAAAUCAAUGAAGAUAUUGAGCCUCCAAAUGGAUGGAUGGAGUACCUUAGCAAAUGCACUAGAGAUGUUGAUGCUCAUCUUUCCAAGGCAAGGGCAACUCGAAAAGAUUAA